AUGAUGCUCUCAUUGCCCUCCAGGUCAAUCGCACGAUCGGCCCGAUCGUAUGCAAACCAAGCAGCCCCCUCUAUCAUCGCUACAACCCAAGCUAGCACCGCCCAGAAAGUCCUUUCGACCCCAGAAGACAACAAACUCACUGGCUCGAUCUCCGUCUUCAUCAAGGCCGGAAGCCGAUACCAACCCACCCACGGUCUCGCACACCUCCUCAAAAACUCCGUCUUCAAAUCUACCCAAAAACGAAGUGCCCUUAGCUUGGUUAGAGAGACGGAACUCCUCGGCGGUGUUCUCACUUCAUCUCUUAGUCGUGAACAUUUAAUCCUCAGUGCCGAGUUUCUGAAAGGAAAUGAAGGAUAUUUUGCAGAAGUCUUAGGCGACGUUCUCACGAGUUCGAAAUUCACACGACACGAGUUCAACGAAGAAGCGUUGCCGGGGGCCGAGGCGGAAUACAAGCAAGCGCAAGAAGACCCGACGGUAGUAGCGAUCGAGCAAGCGCACUCGCUAGCGUUUCGCGGGGGGCUCGGGAACAGUUUAUAUGCGAAUCCGGAGCUGAUGGGCACGCAGGAUUCGAUGAUCGAGUAUGCACGGACGAAGUUUGGGUGUGCGGAGGAGCAGGCAAUCGUGGGGACGGGCAUCGAAGCGGAGAGACUAGGCGAGCUUGUCAGCCAGUUCUUUGGCGUCUCUUCUACCGCCACCUCGUCCAGCGGUGUGUCGGCCGGCCAGAAAUCGUCAUACCAUGGUGGAGAGGCCCGGAUAGCUCGUCGAGCAGGCCCGGAGGACACCUUGUUGGUCGCUUUCAAGGGCGCCGAGGCCUCCUCCAGCCCCGCACACACCGUCCUCCAACACUUGCUGGGCUCCGAUCCGGCCUCCGUGAAAUGGUCCGCCGGCUCCUCGCCCUUAUCUUCCUUGCCCGUCAAGGCCUUCCAUCUCGCCUACUCGGACAUCGGCCUCUUCGGCUUGCUCGUCAAGGCUCCCGCCAACGAGACCCAAGCGAUUGCCACCCAAGCCCUUGGUCAACUUAAACAAAUCGCAAAUGGAAACUUGGUCGAUGCUCAGUCUGUCGCUAGGGCUGCUAACAAGGCUCAAUUCUUGGUUGCUAGUAACUUGGAGAACAAUCUCACUCGCACCGAACUCUUGGGCACUCAGUCCCUCAUCUCGCCCAAGUCAGCACCCAACCAACUGGCAGAUUUAUAUUCCUCCUACUCUCAAGUGACUCCAGACCAAGUCAUCCAAGCUGCCAAAGCCGUUAUCAGCUCUCCUCCUACAACCGUUGCUGUCGGUAACAUUGACCAAUUACCUUACUGUGAUCAACUCGGCUUGUAA